AGGAAUCACAAUGGGCGUCUUCCUCCUCCUCCUCCUCGCUUGCCUUCUCAUUCCAGCCACCACCAUCUACCUCCUCCCAGCCAACACCACACCGCCAUGGGAGCCGAUCACCUGCACGGGCGGCAACGGCACAUCGAGCUGCACGGUCACCAACUCAAUCGGCUCCUUCCCGGACCGCACCAUCUGCCGCGCGGCGACCGCCGUCUACCCGCGCACGGAGGCGGAGCUCGUCGCGGCCGUGGCGGCGGCCGCCGCGGCCAAGCGGAAGGUGAAGGUGGCCACGACGCACUCCCACAGCUUCACGAAGCUCGCGUGCCCCGGCGACGGCGGCGGCGACGGCACCGUCAUCAGCACGCGGUGGCUCAACCGGACGGUGCGUAUUGACGUCGGCCGGCGGCUCCUGACGGUGGAGAGCGGCAUGCUGCUCAGGGACCUCGUCGAGGUCGCCGCCGAGGCCGGGCUCGCGCUGCCGCACUCCCCGUACUGGAGCGGGCUCACCGUCGGCGGCCUCCUCGCCACCGGCGCCCACGGGAGCUCGCUGUGGGGCAAAGGGAGCGCCGUGCAUGAGUACGUCGUCGGGAUGAGGAUCGUGACGCCCGCGCCGGCGAGCCAGGGGUUCGCCGUCGUCAGGGAGCUCGGCGCCGACCACCCUGACCUGGAUGCGGCUAAGGUCUCCCUCGGCGUUCUGGGUGUUAUUUCUCAGGUCACCCUUGCGUUACAGCCAAUGUUCAAGCGAUCGGUGACGUUCCUGACGCGCGACGACUCCGACAUGACGGAGAAGGUGUCCAUUUGGGGACGCCUCCACGAGUUCGGCGACGUGACAUGGCUACCAUACCAGCGCAAGGUCGUGUACCGCCAGGAUGACCGCGUCGACGUCGCCACUCCGGGAGACGCCAUCAACGACUUCCUCGGCUUCCGCUCCCAAGCUAAGCUUAGCCAAGUCACCGCCAGGCUCCUAGACGAGUGGUUUGAAGAGAUGGAUGCUGACACUGCCAGGUGCCAGAUGGCACGACUGACGAUGUGGAAAGUGCAGCGGGAGGCCUACGGCUUCACCAACGACGGUGUGUCCUUCACGGGGUACCCAAUGGUGGGGUUCCAGCACCGCAUCCAGGCCUCCAGCUCAUGUCUGGACACGGCCUCCAAGCACGCCGGCGGCCUGCUGCAGCCGACCUGCAUGUGGGACGCGCGGGUGCGCGGCGCGCUGUUCUACAGCUCCGGCUUCAGCGUGGCGCUGUCCAGGGCGCCGGCGUUCGUCGCCGACAUGCAGAGGCUCCGCGACCUCAACCCGCCGGCGUUCUGCGGGCUCGAGGGCAAGCUGGGCGUGUUCAUGCGCUACGUCAAGGCCUCCUCGGCGUUCCUCGGCAAGGCCGAGGACUCGCUGGACUUCGACGUCGUCUACUACCGGAGCUCCACCGGCGGCGCGCUGCGCAGGCACGCCGACGUGGUCGACGAGCUGGAGCAGAUGGCGCUGCGCAAGUACGGCGCCGUCCCGCACUGGGGCAAGAACAGGAACUUCGCCUUCGAUGGCGCCAUCGCCAAGUACCCGAGGGCCGGCGAGUUCUUGAGGGUGAAGGAGAGGUUUGAUCCGGAGGGGAUCUUCUCCAGCGAGUGGAGUGACCAGGUGCUUGGCGUCGAGGGCAGCCCCAGCAUCGUCAGGAAGGGCUGCGCCAUUGAAGGUCUCUGUGUUUGCUCCGACGACUCGCACUGCGCGCCGGAGAAGGGAUACUUCUGCCGGCCUGGGAAGGUUUACAUGGAGGCCAGGGUCUGCGUGUUCGACGGGGACGAGCUCAAGCGCAGACGCAGUGGCAUCGUUGAUGAACUCUGAAUAUAUAUUGAAGGUGUUGCUGGGUUGCACUUGCACUAUAGAAUCAUGGAUCAAUCAACAGCAUUGUCUCCUGGUAUCGAUAUAUGUGAUAUCUUACAUACUGCGCCGUGAUUGUUUAGUGCUUCCUCCAUUGUAAAUUAGAUAAGAUAUUUUGGCUUUUAUUAUGUAGCUAGACAUAGUGUGUAUAAUAAUUAACAAAAGCUACAUAUCUAGAAAAGAGAAAACAUCUUGUAAUUUGGAACGGAUAUGUUAUCUGGAUU